CCUGAACCUAUGGUACCCGCUACCCAAGAGCCGACUCGUUAAAUUUUGUGUCUACGUAAGCCAAACUGAACCUAACUAAAACCCGUUAAUCGCAAAUAUUUACCAUUUAGUUAGGAUGUUAAUUGUUGUUGGCCCUUAAUUUUGUAACUGUACUAAAGGUCAGUGUAACCUUAGUGUUCUUCGCGUCUGCUUCCACACAGAUCACGAGUGAUCUCGCGUAAAGUGUGAAUUUCUUGAAGAAUUCAAGGUGUGUAUUUGGACUGGAAUUUAGUUUUGAGUAACUGUUUGUGCUUAAACGUGGAAACGUGGGUUUCGAAGUGGAUUGAAUUUCUGUGUGGUAUUUAAGGAUUAGCUGAAUUAUUUUUGAGAAGAUCAUCCUUCAACAAUGCUACUACACAACUCUCAGACAUCUUUAUCCUUAACGUGACUAUCCACGAUUAACAUAACCCUGUAUUAUUUACGAAUAUAGUAAAAUUUCAACCCUCUGCAAUUAACUUAUUCCUGGACAAAAUGACUGAAUCCACCCCAAUAUGCCGCUGCAGGGUUCUCUACUUGGGAUCCAGCGUACCACAUCAGACAAAAGACGGACUUCAGGGUAUCCAAGAACCAUUACAGGAAUUGUAUCCCGAACAGGGUGCUACUGGAGCUAAGGGAAUCGACAGCUGGCUAAGUGUUUGGUCCAAUGGAAUCCUCUUAGAAAACGUCGAUGAAAAUCACAAGAAAAUCACUAGAUUUUUUCCUAUUGAAAGUUUGCACUAUUGCGCUGCAGUAAGAUACGUUCUAGUCCCAGAAAAGAAUACCCUCCAUUCACCGUCACCCAAAUUCUUACCUCUGGAUUCGCCAUUUGCGAGAGCUCCAAACCCCACACAUCCUCCCUUAUUUGCAGCCAUUUUAAGAAGGACUACUGGCAUAAAGGUUCUUGAAUGUCAUGCUUUUAUUUGCAAAAGGGAGGUUGCUGCUAAUGCAUUGGUCCGCUGUUGUUUCCACGCCUAUGCCGAUUCUAGUUACGCCAAACAAGUAGACACUGUGGGAAGUAUCUAUGGUACAUUGGCUUCUGAGAGACUAACAAAUAAAGAUAAGAUUGAUGAAUGGAAGAUGAGUAGAUCGCAAUCUGGAUCAACGAUGACCCUGAACACAAUAGGAAAUGGAAAAGAUGAUGUUAGUAUUUACAAUGGUGAUGAAAACCAUAAGGUCUGGGCAGGUAGCCAAGACAAUUUAGACGGAAUCUACGAUAUUUACGCCCCGUCAACCUUGGGCCGACCGUCGCGACCACGCCAAGUAUCUCAGCCCGUAGCCGUUCCACCACCGCCAGCAAAAGAAAAAAAGAAGAAAAACAAAAUGCUUUCGAAGUCCUUAGCUGGCUCAAGGGAGGACUUGUACCAUCCUUUGAUGAAUGGAAAGGCCAACAGUGUAUCAGGUACCUUAAUGAAACCGAGGCACAGCUUACCAGUACACAUGGGUAUGCCCCCAGGCCCUCCACAGCCCGUUUACAUAGUAGGACCACCUCCAGGACCCUAUCAGGGUACUUUACCAAACCCAAAGUUCUUUAAACACCAUGGAAAUACAUUUUCGCAUCGUCCAAGAGGCAGAAUGCUAAUCCCAGCUCGUCCAAUUCCGCCUCCGAUGGUACCGAUGGGGCCAAUGAUAAUUCCGGCUCCAACCACGUUAACCAAAAAUAAGAAAAAGUAUCAGAGGCCUAUGGAAGAGCCAAUUUACAUGCCGAGCAAUAGAGCCCUCAGUCCUGUGGCUAGUUAUCAGCCAGUGAAUUUUCCACACGAAGCUUAUUUGAUGCAACAAUAUGCUACAGUUGAAAGUCAAGGUAAACAAAGAAGAAGUCGAGAAAAGUCUAUGGAAAAACAAGGAAAGCUCAAUAAAAAACUAGCUCAAAGUAUGAAUGGCUUAGACGAUCCAAAUCUUAUGCGAGAUGAUGAGAGUCCUUUUAAUACUGGAAUUUAUAGGAAAAAAGGUCAUCUUAACGAAAGAGCAUUUUCUUAUUCUAUUAGGCAGGAACACAGGAGUCGUAGUUACGGAAGUUUGGCCAAUUUGAAAUUUGCUACUCCGAUACCAAACGGCGUACACGAAGAUGUAGAUAGAGAAGACAUUAAAAAAGAACGAGAAAUAAUGCAAAUGGUUCAAGACUUGGAUCUUUCUGGUGAUGAAUUGGAGAGAUCAGAGGUACCUAGGGGCAUGUACGAUCCAAGGGGUAUGGGUCCAGGACCUGUGAUUAUGACUGGGGCUCAAAUAAACGGAAGAGGACAUCGAAGAUAAAGGGUGGCUUUAUAAUAUAAAAAUGGAACAUAUGACACAAGCAGAAGCAAAUGGCAUUAAAAUUGUUUUUUAUUCCCGAAACUUGUUGAAAUAUUUAUUUCUGUCUUUAUGAAUGACGUUAUUUCAACAAUUCUAUUUCAGUCUGAUUUUUGUACUGUUUUUUCUUCAACAUAAUACCAAUACGAUAUUAGUUAAAAUGUAUUUUUAUGUUAGAGAUUUUUAAUAAGUUUAUUCUAGUUAUAUCUACUAAUUAACAUCAUAAUGAAAAAGAAAUUAAUAUUAUAAUAUAAUAUUUUCAAAGAUUUAAUAUAUUAUUAUGUACCUACUCUAAUAUGUAUAAGUUCGCAAUAGCCAAAAUCGUCCACUGGCUAUAGUAGCUAGUCCAUAAUAAUCUCUUCGGUUAUUGUAUAAUACCCUUGAUAUACAGAUUUUCUUAUCAAACUUUACUUUUGCAAAUAAGAAACAAUAGCCAUGGAGGCAAUGACAUAAACUGUGCAAAUUUUUAUUUGUCUAUUCAAUAAUACCUAUACUCAUUAUUGUGUGCAAAUUGUACAGUAAUAUAUACCUAGAUUAGUGGGUGAUUUGCGCUAUUGCGAGUAAUGUCUAUCCUAAAAUCUAGAAUAUAAUAUUGUAUAUUUUGAACACACUGGUCAAAAUUGCUCAAAAAAAAAGAUGAAAUGGGCUCUUUCACUAAAAUUUAAAUACGUAAUUUAAGUAUAAAAUCUCAAAGGAGGGACUAUUUUAGGCAUAUAUACCAAAAAAAAAUGUUCUACAAGGUUCAAUAAGUUUUUCACAGGCAAUCAAAAGUGGCCAAAUUCAAAUUAAUUUUAAACGCGCCGAUUUGCCGACGUCACAUAAAUAUUCUUCAUUUCGCCUAUGUUGUUGCAAGGAGGACCGGCUCGGCUGUGUUUGCGCUCUGUAAAGAUACGUAGAGGUUCGAAUGCGCUGUUGUCGGUUGUGACUAAAUGUAGUGCAGCGUAAAAUAAAUAAAUAAAACUAAACAUAAAAAAUUGUAUUAAAUUGUGUUUAAGCAUAAUUAAAAAAAAAAAAAUGUUAUAAAAUCUUGAAUCUAUAACUAAUUAAGUUAACUACUUUUCAUGAGAUUUUGCCAACAUUUCAGAAUUAAAUCUAUUACAAAUUUUCAAUGUUGACAAUUAGUGGCAACACGGUCAAAUUGCGAGCUGCGACGUCAUAGAAAUAAAUUCUGGGUUUUUAUUUGGAGGUAUUUCUUUGUUUUCUGUUUUCUCAAGAAGGACUUUGAAUUUCUCAAAAGUAAAAAUACAGAAAAUUCUGUUUUUAGUUGCUUUAUCCAAAUAUGCCAAUUUCAAAAAUUAGUGAAAGAGCCCAUUGUAAUUAUUUUACAUAUUGUUAUUAUAACUUUAGUUCUUGUUUUUAUCAGAAUAAAUAAUUAAAUUUAAGUUUAUAGGUUUUAUUUUAUAAUGAAUUUCAAAGAUAAUAAUUUUAAUAAACAUAAGUGCCAUUAUUAGGUAUAUUUAAAUGACACACGUGUUAGAUUAAACAAAAUUUGUGGAUUUUUGGUUAUUUUAUGUUAUAGACAAAAAUAUGAAGUGUUGUAUAUAAUUUUUAUUUAAAUACAUAUUUUCAAAUACGUAAUAA